AUGGCCACAAAUCAGAUUGGCCCUAUUGCGCGGGCGUGGUACAAGUGGAAAGCCCUCCGCUUACCGUGGCGCAAACGGUUCCUCGUGGGUUUCGAUCUCCAGGGCAACACCUACUGGGAGUUUCGACUUACACGAGGCGCCGAGAGUAACGAGCGCUGGCGGAGAAUUGUCAAAUAUCCUCGGUCAGCACAUUAUUCCUCCGUAAAGGUUAGCCCGCAAUGGCAUCAAUGGCUACGACACACGCGCGAAGACCCUCCGAGCGUUGACGAGCAGCGGGGCGAUAUUAUGCGCCGGGUGAGGAUGCAGCAGCUCGCUGCCGAGGCGGAUGCACGAUGGGAGGCCAAGCCGAGGAUGAUGGACGCACCACAGGCCGCACCAGCACCAUUAUUGUCUUCAGUCAAGGCCGGUCCACUACAGCAUGAUGCUGGUAAGGGCGAGCAGACUGAUACGACUGCAAAUAAGGUUGAGGAUAAGGUUGAAAAACAGGAUGAUCCCUGGGCAAAGGCCAAGGCGAAUGGACCAGGCGAGACAUGGCAACCUGCUGCUUGGAGCCCAACGGCAACGAAGAAGCGUUAA